CACACACACACACACACACACACCCUAGGUCUUUGGGGGUGGGAGUAGUGAUGAUUGCAUAAUACACCGGGCUCAUAGCCUCUGACUCUUUCUGACCUUCUGACUACUUUCUGUUCUGAAGUUCGUCCUCAGUGCAGGUCAACAGAGUAAGAACAGCUGCUUUACAAUGGCCGCCUUCCUUCAUCACUGCCCCUUCCUGAAGUCUGCGAAUAAGCCGGCUUUGAGGAGAACAGGAGCCGCCUUGCUCUCUCUGGCUUACCAAUGCCCCAUCAUCGCCCGUCAGAUCAGUUUGAGCGGCACAGACUACCUGGAGGCCAAGCUGAGCGUCUCACCCUCCAAACCGAAGCCCCUGCCCACUGUGGAGCAGAGGAGGCUGUUCGCUCAGACCGCUACUCAGGUGGCUGUGUCCGUAUCCAAGGGCUGCCCCUUCGUCACCUCUCAGAUCGGGGUGGUCCAAGCCAGCCCCGAGGUGCAGGAGGACGUACAAGAAGGUUUGAUGACUUCUCUGUUGAAGGGUUUAAAGGAUUCAAUCCUCCCAACAUCAGCUCAAACCGACACUGUCACCCACCUGCUCAAAGACAACAUGGUCGGCUCCAACUACGACUACGACCGCUUCUUCAUGGAGAAGAUUUCUGAGAAAAAGAAGGACCAUACAUACAGAGUCUUCAAGACGGUGAACAGGAGCGCCGAGGAGUUCCCCUUCGCUGAGGAUUACUCCCUCUCUGGGCGGGGGGGCUCCCAGGUGUCCGUCUGGUGCAGCAACGACUACCUGGGAAUGAGCCGGCACCCACGGAUCCUCGGUGCCAUCAGAGAUGCUGUGGACAGACACGGGGCAGGCGCAGGCGGGACCAGGAACAUCUCCGGCACCAGUAACUUCCAUGUGUCUCUGGAGAAUGAGCUGGCUGAGCUUCACCAGAAAGACGCAGCGCUGAUCUUCUCCUCCUGCUUUGUGGCAAAUGACUCCACCCUCUUCACUUUGGCUAAGAUGCUGCCAGGGUGCGAGAUCUACUCUGAUGCAGGGAACCACGCGUCGAUGAUUCAGGGCAUCAGGAACAGCGGAGUCAAGCGCUUCAUCUUCCGCCACAACGACAGCCGACACCUGGAGGAGCUGCUGCAGCGCUCCGACCCCAAGACACCGAAAAUAGUGGCAUUCGAAACCGUGCACUCGAUGGACGGUGGUAUAUGUCCUCUGGAGGAGCUGUGUGAUGUUGCUCAUCGCUACGGAGCGCUGACGUUUGUUGAUGAAGUUCACGCAGUGGGCCUGUACGGAGCCCAUGGAGCUGGAGUGGGAGAGAGGGACAAUGUUAUGCACAAGCUUGACAUUGUUUCUGGAACCUUAGGCAAGGCCUUCGGCUGCGUUGGAGGCUACGUGGCCAGCAGCGCCGCCCUGGUGGACAUUGUGCGCUCCUUUGCAAACGGCUUCAUCUUCACCACCGCCCUGCCCCCCAUGGUCCUGGCUGGAGCCCUGGAGUCUGUCCGGGUUCUGAGGAGUCCAGAGGGCCAGGUGCUGCGCCGGUCCCACCAGAGGAACGUCAAACACAUGAGGCAACUGCUCAUGGACAAGGGCCUUCCUGUGGUCAACUGUCCCAGCCACAUCAUUCCCAUCCGGGUGGGCAAUGCUGAGCUGAACACCAAGGUGUGCGACACCCUGCUGGAAAGACACAACAUCUACGUCCAGGCCAUCAACUACCCCACAGUGCCUCGUGGGGAGGAGCUGCUGCGCCUGGCUCCCUCUCCUCAUCACAACCCCGCCAUGAUGGAGUACUUUGUGGAUAAACUGUGUGAGGUGUGGCAGGAGGCGGGGCUCCUGGUCAGCAGCCCGGCCACAGCUUCCUGCACCUUCUGUGCCCGCCCGCUGCACUUUGACCUGAUGAGCGAGUGGGAGAAGUCCGUCUUCGGAAAUAUGGAGCCACAAUACAUUACUGUUAUGGCAUAAUACCAAAGAACAUGUAGCAAGUUACACAGCCAGCAAAAAGGUGCACUGAGAAGAGUGCUGAACUUCUGACUUUGUUCUUGUGUUUAAACCUGCUUUAUAUAGACUAGUAUACGUUUUCCUGUAUUUAUGCUUACUAAAUUAUAUUUGCUGUUAUGGAUAUGAUUACAAA